AUGUCUGAUUCGAAAAGCUCGCAUGCUUUGGAGAUUACUGAUUGUGAGCAGAAUAGACUGAAAAAUCUUUAUAGAAAGUUCACCACUCGCGACGGAUGGCUGGGUGAUUAUGAUUACGCUUUCCUCUUUACUCCUGCAAUCUGGCCUUUCAACAGAAAAUUCAAACACUAUGAUCAACCGUAUUUUGGAAUAAAUGAUGACAUUCCAAUAUUGCUGGCUGUUAUACUUGGCCUUCAGCAUUGUCUAACGUUAAUCUGCAGUCUCGUCGCUGUCCCGCUUCUAAUGGGCGAUGCGCUGUAUUUUGAUGCCCAACAAACACAGCACCUUGUUUCCUGUACGCUGAUCACUGCCGGAGUUGCUACAUUCGCUCAAAUCACCAGGUUUCACAUAUAUAAAACGCCUUACUACGUUGGUACGGGACUUCUGUCAGUGGUGGGGCCUACCUUUGAUAUCGUCGGUAUUGCAUACUCAUAUUCUUCGAUCCGUUACUCAAAAGGGACUUGUCCUAUAGCUUCUGAUGGAACCAAUCUUCCUUGCCCAGAUGCAUUUGGAGCAUUUCUUGGCUCGAUGUUGUGCACUGUGUGGAUCCAAGUUCUUUUAGCAUUUGUUCCACCUAGAAUCCUCAAGAGAAUUUUCCCGAGUAUGGUCACCGGUACGCUUCUUCUUCUACUUGCUGUAUAUCUCUCUGGAAACGGUAUGAAAAACUGGGGAGGGGGCAGUAACUGUUUGCAAUAUGGCGGAGGAUGCAGCACCGGCUCUCACAACUUUGAGUGGGGAUCUCGUCCAUACAUUGGACUGGGAUUUUCUACUUUCAUAUCCAUCGUCAUUAUCAACCUUGUUGGAUCUCCAAUUAUGAAAAGUUCAUCAAUUAUUUUGGGACUUAUCAUAGGAUGCAUCAUAUCAGCAGCCUGUGGUUACUGGGAUGCGUCAGGAAUCCAUGCCGCUCCUGCAGCAGAUUUCCUUUGGACCAAAAAUUAUACCUAUUCAGUGGAUGGGUCUUUAAUUCUUGCGCAUUUGCUUAUGUUUAUUGUCGAAGGUAUCAGUUGCAUACCUGAUAUUCUUGCUACAGCGGAGGCAAGUCACGAAAAAACAUCUGGAGUCGAAUUCCAGUCUCGUAUUCAAGGGGGAAUAAUGUGCGAUGCAUUAGGCAGUCUAUUGGCUUCCGUUGGCGGAGGGAUUCCUAUGGUCUCUCAGGCCGCUAACAACGGAGUCAUCCUGCUCACUGGAUGUGCUUCGAGAAAGGCAGGAUGGGUUGCGGCUGUCUUGUUGAUUCUGAUGGGUAUUUUCUCCAAAAUCUCAGCUACUUUUGCUGCUUUGCCCCUACCAGUGUUUGGUGGAAUGCAGGUAUUUCUCUUCGGAACUAUUGGUGUUGCCGGUAUAAAAAUUCUCUCAACGGUCCCGUGGACUAGACGGAAUCGCUUUAUUCUCUCAUGUGGACUUGGAUGGGGUUUUGCAGGAACUGUGGUUUCGUCUUGGUUUGACAAGAUUCUGGCUUACAGUGGCUCAAAUCAAUCUUUGGCAGGAUUCCUUGAAGGAAUUGACCUCAUUGUUGAAACUCCGUUUAUUUUUGGAGCUAUAAUCGUCUGCUUUUUGAACUUGAUAAUACCGGAUGGCAGCAAGGACCGAAAUGACGAUGCAGGUGAGGUAUAA